AUGGCAUUCAUGCUUUCCUCACUAUUGCUGCUUGUGUGCGUGCUGGGAUUGCCAGCCCCCUCCGAACAGAAGGUCAAAGUUGCUGCCUUCAACAUUCAAGUUUUUGGUAGGAGGAAGUCUGAAAAACGCGAAGUGAUGGAUGUCCUUACUAAGGUUGGUGUGCUCGUUGUGUUGGUGUGUCAAUUCACUCUAGAUUAUCCAAAAACCGGUUUGAAGAUGGGAGCCCUGGCAGUCCACAUCGACCCAGACGAUGUGGUGAGGGAGAUGGAAGCUCUCUACACUGUUACACAGGAGUGUCAGCGAUUUUCACGCACUACGAAUUUGGUCAUUUUGGGUGACAUGAACGCUGACUGCAGUUACCUUCCCAAACAAGCUCGAGAGGCAUUGCAUCUACGAACCGAUUACCAGUACAGGUGGCUCAUCACAGACGGAAUGGACACAACUGUGGCUAAGUCAGACUGUGCCUAUGACAGGUUGGUUUUGAUGUGUGAUGUAACUACAGACAGUAUGCCUAGUUGA